UUUAUUUUUGAUCUCUCAAAAACUUGAUUUUUUUCUACAAAAUAAAUAGAAUUAAGAGCAGCUUUGGAAUCUUUAAAAGAACUAUCGAUGCAAAAGAAUUACAAUCUUUUUUGAAUUUCCAUUGUGAACUACGUAUUCAGUUUUAUUUUUGUUGUGUGUAUUGUGAAUUAUUCUGUCAUAAUGCGGCAAACAGCUGUCAGCCACUAAUGACAGUUCAGUGAUAAGAAAAGAACUGAAGAAAGAUUUUCAAAUUAAAAAUCUAAAACCGAAUCAACACAAAUUACUUUUUGUUUUUUAAAAUAUUCAAAUGUUUAUAGCGAUGUUAAUUAAAUAACAUCCAUCAUUUAUUCAACAAAAAUUCCCGCCACGAUGAGAACCAAAUCAAUAACUCAAAGAUUUUUAAAAUAAACAAAAACUGCAAAGCGUUUGUACUUAUGUGAAACCAAAAAUGAACAAUUUAUUCUCUAUCUUACUUAUUUUGUACACAAUUCUUAUUCAAACUGCAAGUCCUCAAAUCAAUACUUGUCGUUUUGAUGCUAUUUUCAAAAAUCCAAAGCCGCUGCAGUGUAGCAUAUCUAGCCGGAAUCUAGGUAAAUCGAUAUACAUUCUCUACGAUGUCAAUCCACCAGAAGGAUUCAAUCUUCGCCGAGAUGUCUACAUCCGCCUGGCCGUGUUUGUACGAAACCUCCAAAUGGAACAAGGGUUUGAAUUUGUGAAAUUGGUAUUGCCACCGUUUAGGCGGCUUUACCACUGGAAGUCGAGUCAUGUCUAUCAGGACAACGUUCUGUGGUCUCGUUUCUUUGAUAUACCUAGCAUGAAAGAAUUCGCUCCAGUGCUGGACUUUAAUGAGUUCCUGGCUGAGAUUAAUGAAACUCUCGUUGACCCAAAACGCAUCCCCGUGGAUGUGGCCUAUCAGUUGAAACACUUUGAAGAUAUGUUCGAGAAUGGUGUGUUUCGAGAUAAAUAUGAGUUGGAGGAUUGCAAGAGGGAAGAAUACCUGCGCGGGUAUCUCCUGCAUCAACCUCAUUUGAUUGAUAAAAAAUUCUUUUGUUUAAAAUUUCAAGGAGGUGCUAGUUUACUUACUGAUGUCUUGAAGAGUUCCAUUCAAAGACAAAAAAAUAGUUCACCAAAGAUAUUUGCAUUUUUGAAUGCAGAGAUAGUUCUACACGAUCACUGGGGAAGCGAUGAAUUCUGGAUGGCCCGACGUUCAAUGCGAUUCAAUCGAGAGUUGAUGAAGAUAGCAAAUGAUUUCCGAAGGGACUUCCUUAAUUCUACCGAUCUUUACGAUGCCGUCCAAAGACCAUUCAACUGGAAAGACGAGAAGCCUUAUAGAGGAGCAAAGGGAGGUGAUUAUUUGUGCGUGCAUUUACGGCGGGGUGACUUUAUUCAUGGCCGAGAAAAAACAACCCCAACUUUGAAGUCAGCUGCAACACAGACAAGAAACAAAAUGCGAGAGUUGGGCUUAGAUAAGGUUUUUGUUUCCAGUGAUUGCUCCCAAUUCGAAUAUAAAAAUCUCAAAUCGUACCUCCAACGAGGAAGGAUGUACCGCUUUAUGUCAGAGUCAUUGCAUCAAAAGUCUAUAAUAAAAGACGGCGGAAUAGCUAUUAUUGACCAAAUCAUUUGCUCACAUGCUAGAUACUUUAUUGGAACUUUUGAAAGCACAUUCACCUAUCGCAUCUAUGAGGAACGUGAAAUUCUCGGAUUCCCAAAGCAUACAACAUUCAACACGUUCUGCAAAAAUGAAGACUUAGAAAAUUGCGCAAAGAAUUCUAUUUGGCCUAUAGUAUACUGAGACAAAGCUUUAAAACCUUUUUGUUUAUUCGUUUUUACAAACUUACAAAGAACAUAUGUACGUUAAUACUCUUACUGCUUUUACUUAGCACUUUAAGGAACAAAAAUAAAUAAGUGACACAAUUUUUGAACCAAAAAUA